AUGGUGGUGGAGGUGUUUCUGGGCGCUUUUGUUCAUUUGCUGCUCGAGAGGUUGGCCCCCCACAACUUGCUCAGUUUUGGUCAAUUCCACGGCGUCGAGAAGAAGCUCAAGAAAUGGAGUGCCACUCUGUCAGCAAUUGGAGCUGUGCUGCAGGAUGCUGAGAAGAAGCAACUCACAAGCGAGGCCGUGAAGCUGUGGCUGGAUGAGCUCAUACACUUGGCUUUUGACAUGGAUGACAUCUUGGACACCUUUUCUACCCAGCUUUUGGUGAUCAAUCACCAAAAUGGGGCUGGUACAAGCAAGGUACGACGCCUCUUUUCGGGAGUCAAGUUCAACUUUAACAUGAACUUGGAAAUAAAUGACAUUGCUGACCGAUUAAAAGUAGUUUCUGAUAGAAAAGAUAAGCUGGGUUUAGUGUAUAGUGAUGAUCCAUAUCACCCUCGGGCAUCACAAAGGUUGCUGAGUUCAUAUGUGUUGGAUGGACCUGUGGUUGGAAGGGAGGAUGACAAGAGAAAGAUAGUUGACUUGUUGUUAAGAGAUCAUGAGCCUCGUUGUGCCAUCAAUUUCCAAGUCUUGGCCAUUGUUGGGAUGCCGGGACUUGGCAAGACCACACUUGCAGGGCAUGUGUUUAAUGACAAGGAAAUGAGGCAGUUCAAUCCAAAGGUGUGGGUAUCUGUUUCUGAUGGCUUCAGUCUAGAGAGAGUUACGAAAACAAUUUUCAAGUUAGUCACAUCCCGGGAUUCUGAUGAUUUAGAUGAGUUCAGUAAAGUGCAGGAUCUUCUGAGUGAGGCAUUGGCAGGCAAAAAGUUUCUAAUUGUUUUGGAUGAUGUUUGGAGUACUUGUGACUAUGAUUCAUGGACAAAACUCCAGUCUCCCUUUCGUGUUGGAGCACCAGGAAGUCAGAUACUGGUGACUACUCGUGAAGAAAAAGUAGGAAAAUUGAUAGGAGCCACUCAGGUUUAUGAUUUGAAGACCCUAUCAGAUGAGGAUUGUUUGGAAGUAUUUCAGCAACAUAUUAACAGUAAUAGACCACCAAAUUUUAAUCUUCUUUGCAAGAAGAUUGUUGAAAAGUGCAGUGGAUUGCCAUUGGCUGCAAAGACUCUUGGUGGUAUUUUACGCUGUAAGGAAGCUGGCAGUUGGGAAGAAGUAUUGGAUGAUAAAUUGUGGAGUACAUCAAAUAGUGAGAGCAAUGUUCUCACAGUACUGAAAUUGAGCUAUCAUUAUCUUCCUUCGAAUUUGAAGAGGUGCUUUGCAUAUUGCUCAAUACUUCCAAAUCAAUACGAAUUCGGGAAAAAGCAGUUAAUAGUUCUAUGGAUGGCAGAGGGUUUUCUUCAUCAAUCAGGAAGCAAGGAGAUGGAAGAUAUUGGUGGUGACUAUUUUGCGGAGCUAUUGUCUCGGUCAUUGUUUCAGAAGUCAAGCAAAAAUAAUUCAAGAUAUGAAAUGCAUGACCUUGUUGGUGAUUUGGCACGGUGGGCUGCAGGAGAUAUAUGUUUUAGAUUGGAGGAUAAGCUGGAUGGAAAAUGUUCUCCAAAGACUCGUCAUGCAACUUAUAUUUCUGGCAAGUUUGAUGGGGUAAAAAAAUUUGAAGCCUUCUCUAAAGCCAAACGUUUGCGGACUUUCUUACCAGUUUCGGUUUCAUAUGGUCAUGAGAAUUAUCAAACUCGUAAGGUUGCUUCUGAUUUAUUACCAAAUAUGAAGUACUUACGGGUGCUCUCUUUUAAUGGCUAUCAAAUGACUGAACUGCCGGAUUCAAUUGGUAGACUAAAGCAUCUAAGGUACCUUGAUCUUUCUUACACAUUAAUAUUGUGUUUGCCUGAUUCAAUAUGCUCUCUUUACAACUUACAGACGUUGAUAUUGGAACAUUGUUCUAAAUUGAAGGCACUACCUUCAAACAUGAGUAAUUUAAGUAAUUUACGUCAUCUCAACAAUUCUAGCAUGCUUUCUUUGGAAGGAAUGCCUCCCCAGUUAGGUCAAUUGACUAGCCUGCAAACAUUAUCCUGUUUUGUGGUGGGCAAAGCUAGGGUGUCAGGUGUGAAGGAGAUAGGUCCCUUAAAUCUUCUUCGUGGGACAUUAUGCCUCUCAAGAUUAGAAAAUGUCAGUGAUGUGGAGGAUGCAAGACAGGCUGACUUGAUGCGCAAGGAAGGGCUUGAUGCAUUGCAACUAGAAUGGAGUGGCAGAGGAGAAAAAGAACCAGAUGUGCUUGACAUGGUAAAACCUCAUAGAAACCUCAAAGAGCUUACCAUAAAAGGCUAUGGGGGUUUGGAAUUGCCAUCAUGGAUAUGUAAUCCUAUAUUCUCUGUUCUGGUGCUUUUGAGGUUAGAGAAUUGUAAUAAUUGUCAAUUCUUGCCACAACUUGGCCAAUUACCGUCUCUCAAGGAACUCUUCAUAAGAGGAAUGUCUGAAGUAAUAAGUGUUGGUGUUGAGUUUUAUGGAGAGGGUACCUUAUCUUUUCCAGUACUGGAGAAUCUUGUGUUUGAGGAUAUGCAACAAUGGAAGGGAUGGUUUCCUUGUGAAGAAGAUCAAAUUGGAGUGUUUCCUUCCUUGAAAAUGCUUUCUGUCAUUAGGUGUCCCCAAUUGGUUGUCUCUGUUUUAAACUACAAUCAACUUUGUGCAUUACAAGUCCAUGACUGCUACGGGGUGGUAUUUAGAGGUGCUGUUGGCUUUGAGUUACUUGAGCAUAUGUAUCUUUCAAAUUUGUCAGUGUUGAGACUUGAAAUUGAGAAAUCUGCAGAAUGCAUGAGGGGCUUCGGAAAUGUCAAAGGUUUGGGAAUUACUAAUAGUGAGGAAUCAUCAUCUUCCUGGCAGAACGAGGAUAUAAUACUGCAGCACCUGAGUUCUCUUCGUAGUUUGUUUAUUGAAAGGAACUCCAAGCUUCUUCAAUUGCAUCACCUGACAUCACUUCAAGCGCUUCGCUUAUAUAGAUAUACCUCCAAGUCUAAGAAGAGUAGGAAUAAGAGAAUGCAGAAGGUUGAAAUUACUAGUUGGGGAGAAUGUAGAAGGUUCCUCAUCCUCUUCUUCUUCUCACUAUUUGAUGCAAGAGGAUACAUCUUGUCUCGAGUACUUGGAGGUUUGGGAAUGUCCAUCUCUUGCAUCCUUAUCAUCCAGAGGCCAACUACCCAGGACACUUAA